AUGGCUCAAGACAGAAACCACAACUCACUACAGCUGCUAGAGCACAAGUUCCCCAACCUGCACAUGAAACUACCAGGCGAGUCGGAGCCCAACCUUCUCCAUACCGAUGCCCUGCAGCGCCUGGUCGUCCUGUCCCACGGUCACGGCCAAGAGUGCGGUUUCAUCCCCGACGUGAAGCCCCCGGGCGAAGCCGAACCGGAGGGAGCAGCUCGGUCACUCGUCGGUGAUGGGGACCGGAGGGAAGAGCCGGGAGCUGGUAGUGAUGACGGCGAUGACGGCAACGCGGCUCCCCAAGUGCCGACAGAGACGGGGACCGUGGCAAAAGAUCACAGGAGCGCGCCCAUCCCAGAGGAGAAGGCGGAGCAGGGGGCUGAGCCCCAAGAAGAAGAGGAGGAAGAGGAGGACGAGGACUUUGCCGAGGAUGAUGACCUCGCCUACAUCGAUGACGUGCGUGAUGAGAACUACCACCCAUCUCUGGACAGCGACUCUGAGCCACAGCGGCGACAAAGCCAGACCAAAGCCCGUAAGAAACCCGUAAAGGAGGAGCGGCCCCUGAAUGAGCCGAGCCUGACGAGCUCCAGCCCAUCGGAGGAGAAGGUUGGACGAGUCAGCUGCAAGAGGCGAGCGCGGCCGUGCGACGAGGACGUGGCCCAGAUCGGCCCGAAGAGGAUCAGGAAGGCGGCAAAGCGCGAGAUCCUCCUGUGCGACUUCGAAGGCUGCGGCAAGAUCUUCUCCAACCGCCAGUCCCUGAACCACCACAAGAAGUACCAGCACGUCCACCAGAAGACCUUCACCUGCUCGGAGCCCAGCUGCGGCAAGUCCUUCAACUUCAAGAAGCACCUCAAGGAGCACGAGAAACUGCACAGCGACAAGCGGGACUAUAUCUGCGAGUUCUGCGCCCGUUCCUUUCGUACCAGCAGCAACUUGAUCAUCCACAGGCGCAUCCACACAGGGGAGAAACCCCUGCAGUGCGAGAUCUGCGGCUUCACCUGCCGCCAGAAAGCCUCCCUGAACUGGCACAUGAAGAAACACGACGCCGACUCUUUCUACCAGUUCUCCUGCGACAUCUGCGGCAAGAAGUUCGAGAAGAAAGACAACGUCACUGCCCACAAAAGCAAAAGUCACCCCGAAGUGCCCGGCGGACCCCCCCACGCCGAGGGGAGCCAGCGGCAGACGGUGCCAUCCCCACCGCUGAACUUCAGCGCAGGGAGGCGGGCAGGGCUGGAGCACCCGGAGGCACCCGGAGCGUUGGCCACGGAGCCCCUGGAGCUGCCGGGGCUUGGGGACACCCUGGUGGGCGGCGGUGAACCGGAGAAGACCCCACCUCCCAUUGCAGCCUCGGCUGGAUAUCGGGGGGGUCUCGGGCAGGAUCCGGACAUGCCCUGA